AUGUUUAAGCAAUUGCAAGUUAAUAUUCCGUUUGCUGAUGCAUUGAUGCAAAUUCCUUCAUAUUCUAAAUUUCUUAAAGAAAUCAUGUCUAAAAAGUGGAAAUUAGAGGAUUAUGAAACUAUUGCUUUGAGUGAAGAAUGUAAAGCUGUAAUUCAGAAUAAGCUUCCUCCUAAAUUAAAAGAUCCUGACAGUUUUUCUAUUCCUUGCACUCUUGGUGAUGUUAAUUUUUCUAAAGCUUUAUGUGACUCAGGUGCAAGUGUUUCUCUCAUGCCAUUGUCUAUUUACAAGAAGCUUGGUUUGAAUGAUUUAAAAUGCACUACUAUUUCAUUGCAACUUGCUGAUAGGUCUGUUAAAUAUCCUCUAGGAGUAGUAGAAAACGUGCUAAUGAAAGUUGGUAAAUUUAUUAUACUUGUUGAUUUUGUUAUUCUUGAUAUGGACGAGGAUGUUGACGUGUCUAUUAUUCUUGGGAGACCAUUUUUAGCUACAGCUGGUACUAUAAUUGAUGUUAAAAAUGGCAUGUUAACUUUUAAAAUUGGUGAAGAAGAGGUACAAUUCAAUUUGUUUCAAUCUGCUAAAUACCCUUCCUUUACUGACCAUGUGUUUAGAGUUGAUGUGCUUGAUGAAUUAAAUAGAGAAAUGAUUGAUUCUAUUUCUAAAGAUACCCUUGAAAUGUGCCUAACAAGUGCAGGUACAUCCCAUAAUGAUGAUGUUGAGGUGCUGGAAAUAGCCAAUGCUAUAGAGGCAUGCCCUCCAUGGAAGAAAAGAGGUAAUCAUUUUAAGAAACUCGAGAAAGGUAAUCCUCUUCCUCCUCCCUCUAGUGUGCAAGCACCUACUUUAGAAUUAAAGCCUUUGCCAUCACAUUUAAAAUAUGCUUUUCUGGGUGAAAAUGAUUCCUUGCCUGUUAUUGUAAAUGCUUCACUAUCUAAUGAACAAUUAGAUAAACUUUUGCGUGUCUUAAGGGAAAGAAAGAAAGCAAUUGGUUGGACUAUUUUUGAUCUUAUUGGAAUAAGCCCAUCUGUUUAUGAUACAUUUCCUGAUGAACAAUUGUUGGCUAUUGCUAGUAUUCCUUGGUAUACUGAUUUAGUAAACUAUCUGAAGAAUUUCAUAAUAUACUGUUUCAUUGUCAUUUCUUUAGAAUGUGGUGGUUAUUUCAGUACAAAUAAGACAAUAGUUAAAGUUUGGCAAUCUGGUUUUUAUUGGCCAACUAUGUAUAAAGAUGCUAGAGACUAUGUUAGCAAAUGUGAUAGAUGUCAACGAGUAGGUAACAUAUCUAAAAGAAAUGAAAUGCCUAUGAAUAUUAUGCCUGAAGUUGAGUUGUUUGAUGUGUGGGGAAUUGAUUUUAUGGGUCCUUUUCCCUCUUCUCAUAACAAUAGAUAUAUUUUAGUUGUUGUUGAUUAUGUUUCUAAAUGGGUAGAAGCUAUAGCUACUCAUACUGAUGAUUCAAAAGUUGUUAUGAAAUUUCUUAAAAAGAAUAUUUUUUCUAGAUUUGGUGUUCCUAGAGCGAUUUUAAGUGAUGGAGGCUCUUAUUUUUGUAAUAAGCCGCUUGAUUCUCUUUUAAGAAAGUAUGUGUUUAAACAUAAAGUUGCGUUAGCUUAUUAUCCUCAAACCAAUGGUCAAGUAGAGCUUGCUAAUAGAGAGUUAAAGCAAAUUCUAGAGAAAACCAUGAAUAUUUCUAGGAAGGAUUGGGCUAAUAAGAUUGAUGAUUCUUUAUGGGCAUAUAGGACAACCUUUAAAACAUCUUUAGGCAUGUCUCCUUAA